AUGGAAGAGGAAGAAGAGGGUGUGUCCGGGGAGUUCGGGAAGGUGUGCAUCAGGAAGCAAAGGAAGAAGCGGCAGAAGCUCCUCCUCAUAGAACUGGUCCUAGACUUUGCGAAGAACACCACCCUCCACGGCCUACGGUAUACCACCGAAGUCGGACUUACGGUUGUCGAGAAAGUGUUUUGGGUCUUGACGUUCGUGGCCAGUGUGGUCAUGUGCUUCAUUCUGAUCGAGCGAGUUUGGCAUAAAUGGUGGUACAGUCCUGUCAUCGUGUCGUUCAAUGAGAUGAUGAUUCCUGUCGGAGAAGUACCAUUUCCAUCCAUUACAAUAUGCCCGCAGUGGAAAUGCAAAACGUCGGCUUAUAGAUACACAGAAAAAUUUGUAAAGUAUGGAAAAAGGCGCAAAAACAACAACAACAACAUCGAUAGAGAGGCGUUAUUUUCAUCAGUGGUUAACGAGGAGGAGGAAAGAAUAUUGCUCGAAGAUGCUUUCCUGGUGUGUGAAAACUUUUACAGAUACUUGACGCCUCGAAAUAAAUCGAAUGAAUCUCUUGUAAAUAAUAUAGUACAAAUGGCACCAGAUGUUGAAGAAGUGAUGCUUUCCUGUACAUGGAGAGGUCAGGCGGUGCCAUGUGGGCAGUACUUCAAAGAAGUUCUCACCAGCGAAGGCGUGUGCUUUAACUUUAACUCUUUAUCGUAUGACGAAAUUUUCAAAACCAAAAGCAUUCAAAACGAAUACAUCUAUUUAAAUGCUUCAACCCCAGCAAAUAAAUGGAAUAUUAUUUCUGGAUAUUCGAGUCCAACUUCGAAAAGAAAAAAGAAGAAGACAAAAGGAAGAAAAGCAAAAGUAGAAGAUGAUUCAGAAGAAUAUCCACGGCGUGGCCAGGAAAAUGGUGCGCGACCGGAUCUCGAAAUUGUACUUGUUGAAAACGCAACAGAUGUCGACGAAUCUUGCAACAGCCUAUCUAAUGGCUGGAAAAUAUAUCUCCAGCACCCAGCUGAUAUGCCCCAGGCCUCGCUAUAUUACUACGCAGCCAUCCCCGAUCAGGUCACCUCUUUGGCUCUCAAGUUCAGUAUCCUCAAUACGUCGGAAAGCUUGAUGAACUACAAAUAUGAACAGCGGCAGUGCUACUUCCCCAAGGAUCGUAAGCUUCAAUACUUCGGGACGUACACACCGGACAACUGCCGACUGGAAUGUCUGUCGCUAUAUACCUACAAGCGGUGCGGUUGUGUGUGGUAUCACAUGCCGCAUCACAACAGUUCAGAAAUAUGCACAGCGCAGCAAAGACGGUGCGUUGAAAAGGCACAAGGAGGAAGAAGAUUUCUUAUUAUUUCUUCUUCUUCUUCCCUUCUUCUCCUUCUUAUAAAGUUCAUUAUUAUUUCAGAUGAGUUAGCAUCAAAUAAACUAAAGCAAAGCAAAUGUAACUGUUUGCCGUCAUGCGACAGUGUACAUUACGAUGCAGAAAUACUUAAAACAAACUUUGAUAUCAAGAAACAUAUAAAAGCUAUGAACAAAAAAUAUGAUUACACUAUAUCAGACAACUACAAUUACUCACGCUUGGAAAUUUACUUCAAAGAACCCCGAUUCGUAUCAAUGCGGCGCUCAGAACUGUUCGGAUUGACAGACUUCCUGGCCAACUGCGGUGGGUUACUUGGACUGUUCCUCGGAUUCUCCUUCCUUAGCCUUGUUGAGAUCUUCUACUUCUGUACUCUCAGAUUAUGGUGUACCCUGAAAAAGGACAUCAAAAUUGAAAAGAAGAAGUUAAAGGAAAGCAUGUAUAGAAAAUAGUUUAUUUUGCAUUAUUAAGUAUGUAUGUAUCUUUUUUGUAAAAUUCUUGUAAAUCUAUGUUAAGAAUGACUUUAAUAAUUAUUGCUUUAGGAGACUUAUAUUAUUUUACCUGAUUUUACUAAUAUGUAGUAUUUUAGUAGGUAUAUAUGUGUUGUUGACGUGUUUUUAGUAAGUAAAUAAUUAUUUAGAAUGUUUUAUUUUAGUUAGAUAUAGUUACGUGUAUGCGACAAAUAUUACAUAAGU